CCGGGGCAGCCACCCCACUGCACAGCAGCACCAACACCGAGGGAAGCAGGCAAAACAAAAAAGAAAAAAAGAAACCACAUCGAAUUGAAAGCAGCGACAGAUUACGCAGUGCAAAGUGCAGCAAUCAUGAAGUUUCUCGCUCUCGUUUUGGCUCUUGCCGUCAUCUCCGGGACUCACGCCCGCGCCGUUCCCAAAAGCGAGCUGCAGGGAAAGUGGGAGGAGAGCGUGGAUAGGUUCUGGGAGUACGUGAAUAAGGUGGCAACCACAGCCGACGAUUUCGUGGAUAAAAUCAAGGGAUCCCAAGUCAGCAAGGAACUCGAUGGGCUUAUAACAGACACCAUGGGUGAACUCAACCUCUACGCUGAUGACAUCCAAAACAAGCUGGCCCCUUACACCCAAGAUGCUGCCGCCAAGUUCGGCCGCGACAUCGCGGCGCUGAGGAGCAAGCUGCAGGAGGACAUGGACGAGGUGAAGGGGAAGAUGGCGCAGUACGGGGAGGAGCUGCGGCUCACGGUGGGUCAGAACGCGGAGGAGGUGCGCUCCCGGGUCAGCAUGUACACUCGCAAGCUGAAGAAAAGGCUGGGCAAGGACAGCGAGGAGCUGCGCAGGAAGAUGAGCGCCUACACCGAGGAUCUCCGCUCCAAGACCAGCCAGAACCUGGAGGCGGUGCGCGAGAAGCUCGAACCCUACACCGGCAACAUCCGCGAGAGCACUCAGCAGAAACUGAGCUCCCUGCAGCAGAUUUUCCUGGAGUCAGCCGGGAGCCUCCAGGAGCACUUCAACAGCAAGGCAGAGGAGUUCAAGAAGCAGAUGGACCAGACUACCCAGGAGAUCCACAGCACCCUCCAGGAGAAGGCAGAGGAACUGCGCAGCUGGUUCGAGCCCUAUGCCCAGAGCCUGAGAGAUCAGUUCAAUGCCAUGAUCGAGAAGAUCAAGCAGAACGACCAGGUCUAGAACCUGGGAACCUGCUCUAGAACCCCCCCUCCCCCCACUAGACAGGAACGCGUAACUCGCGUAAUUCCCCCAUGGAAUUAUUCACUGUAGAACCCCCCACCCCCCCACGUUAACAAAAAACUGUCCUUAACAGCUUACAAGUUUUCAGUAUUGGGUUCAGUGUAGCUUCAGUUGCAAAACAAAGUCCAUGUUCUUUCCAUGGCAUUAGCAUUGUGCAAUAGCCCUCUCUAUCUUCUCUCCUAUCAGCAGCUUUCCUGUACACAAUCCAGUAUUCAAACAAACUGCCAGUAUUUACGCUGUGUUGUUCUUUUUAAAACUUAAUAAUGUGCCCCCUUCGGACUGACACUCCUAGAUCAGGCUGUGUGUUGUGUGGAGAUACUUGAACCUACAUUCUAACUCAGCCCUUGUCUAUCUGUCUGUCUGUCUCACAGAGCACUCUAUGGUGCCCCACUGUGCACUGUUUUCAUGUAGCCAGAAUUAUUUUUUUUCGGUAUUCUUUGAUACCUUGUGCUGUUUAAGUAAAAGUCUUUGCUCCUCUUUGCUAGAUCUACGUGUGAGAAAUAAAACCAAACCAAAUGAAGCGUGACUCAUUACUGCUGCCUGCCUGUUCGUGUGUCUGGGAUUCAGUUUAAAUACAUACAGUUUAUUGUGCUUCUGUCAUUUUUGUUUUUCUACACAUCUAGUUAUCGUUAGUGCUGCCAAUGCAUGGCUUUUCAGUUCAUGAAAAAAAUAAUAAAAAGAUAUUCUUCAUUUGAAA